UGCGUCCGACGUGGAAGCUUUUCCUCAAAUUUUGCAGAAGAAAUUCUGACAAAAUCCUUGAUUAUUCUAAAAUAGAACGAAAUAUACGAAACUGGUCCUGCAACCAUUUGAUGCACUGAUGUUGACAUCGUUGCUAUAGAAACAACAACAAGAUGGGUGCUAACAGCAGCAGUAUAAGCGAGUUGACGGAAAACGUCUACCUACAGAGAUUGAGUGGGACAGAUUCGAUAUCGGCCAAUGAUCCUUUCUGGAAUCAGCUGUUGUCGUUUACAUUCCAACAGCAGCAUAAUGUAAACACAGGGAUGGCUUGGUCAAGGUCUGAUAAUCGUCUCCUGGAAGAAUCUACUCUAUCCAUUUGUAAAACGUUAGCAAUAAACAACUGUCGGACAGGAAACUUUGGUGCCCUGGUCAGAGUGUAUCUAAGACGGGCCGCAGAGUUGAAAGCCUCGGUGCAGACUUCUGACAACAUGUUCACCUGGCAAACAUACAAUGCCCUCUUUAUCAUCCGAAACAUCUGUAAAUAUUUCCUGGAGAAUCUGUCUGAAGAAGUCGUAAAGCAGGAGUUUGAUACGAAACCGAAGAUGGAAAAUGGCGAGGCGGAGUUAGAGACCGACACAGACUUGAUUGAUGAGUUUAUGAGUUCUCUCAUGGAGGUGAUGGUGGAUGUGCCAAUUACAAAUUUCACGUACGCCCUUCACCUUGAAGCUAUCAGCACGGUCCUUGUCCUUCUGUCCGUACAGAUGUUCACAACGCAGACGGCUAGUCAUUUACAUAUUUACCAAUACAUUAUGAAGGGCAAAAGUUCAAGUCAUGCUAGUGCACUAAUGAAGACGCUGCUAUUGAAUUAUAUAAAACAGGAGAAAUGUCCGCAAGAAUUAAUUAAGAAUCAGGCAGGAGGUGGCGUGCUCUAUGGUAUAACGGCAGCUGUAGCCUCUGGUCUUUGGACGGCCUUGACCUUAGGCCUGGCGAACAAGACGGAACCACAUGAGGAAGUCGCAGAUACAUUAAUAGCCAAUCAGAGUCUCCUCUUGAUAUUGAUUCUGACCAAUCACUGCACGAGCGAGCAGAGUUUACACAAUCCAUAUCGUCAGGCGUUGUUUUCUUUCACAAAUGCUCAAGAAGUGCCAGCAGACGACACUCCACGUGCAGCAGACGCACCAUUCGAGAUGGACUUUCCCAAGUUAUACGAGGCCAUGUGCAAAACGCUUAAAGAUGACCAGACCACGUUACUCUUGUAUUUAUUAUUACAUAGAAAUACGUCGAUGAAAUCAUUCAUAUUAUCACGAACGAACAGCGACAUGUUGGUGAUGCCGAUAUUAAGGAUUCUGUAUCACGCGCAGGAGAAGAAUUCUCAUCAUAUCUACAUGGCGCUGAUCAUUAUCCUUGUACUCAGCGAGGAUGAUGUGUUCAACAAGGGAAUACAUGAAACGAUGCUGAAAAAUGUCAUGUGGUUCAAAGAACGGCAGAUCUCAGAAAUAACGCUCGGCGGUUUGUUAGUUCUCGUCGUGAUUCGAACGAUACAAUACAACAUGACGAGAAUGCGGGAUAAAUAUCUUCACACGAAUUGUCUCGCAGCGUUAGCGAAUAUGUCGUCCCAGUUCAGUGAACUCCAUCCAUAUGUAACACAGCGUAUUGUGAAUUUAUUUGCGCAGCUCUGUAAGAAACACACGCGUCUUGUCGACCAGAUUCGAAACGCGGCUGCCGAGUUCCACAAGAAUCAGGAGUCUGGAUCAGAGACGGAUUAUGAUCAAGAUUUGGCCUCGCAAUGUUCGGACGAUUCAACCCCUUCGUCAUAUACGUACGAUGACUUUGUGCAAGAUUUGUCCGUUUUGGAAGAAGUCAUCCGUAUGGUUCUUGAAAUCAUCAACUCCUGUUUGUCUCAUUCGUUACAUCACAACCCGAACCUAGUCUAUACUCUCCUCUAUAAGAAGGAGCUGUUCCACCACUUCAGAACUCAUCCAACGUUUCAAGAUAUCAUCCAAAACAUUGAUACGGUUCUGUCCUACUUCACAAGCAGAGUCGAACAACAGGAGAAAAACCUGUCAGUCGACCAAGUCAAGGAAGUCAUCGAUCAAGGUAUACGCCAAUUUCGAAAAGAUCGGUUGAAGAAAUUCCCAGAAUUGAAGUUCAAAUACGUCGAGGAAGACUCACCCGAGGAAUUUUUCAUUCCAUAUGUCUGGUCUCUUGUGUAUCACUCGUCAAAUCUGUAUUUUAAUCCUGAUAGAAUUCAGCUGUUUACCUUGUCAACGUAGCAGUAACUAUGGCAACAGAUGGUUCCUAAGCAACUUGCGUUGUCUAUGGCAACAACAUAAAUUUUGUUAAAGAUUAAAGUUAUCCUUUAAGGAAAUUGCCUCACACCUUGGUGAUGAGUCUUUGUUGUUUUCUGCUACCAUAGCAAGUGGUAUUAGCCAUGAAAAUGGCUUGUCCUUAACUGUUAGGUAAUUUUGUUUAAGAUUGAAAAUUUUCCUUGAAGGAAAAUUGUUUGUUCAAACUUCUGUUCCGUCAUCUUUGUGUUGAAAUUGCUAUAGCAACUUGUGUUGUCCCUAGCAACCAUGUAAUUUUGUUGAAAAAGGUUUCCAAGCUUGUAUCUCAACAGGAAUGAUUCAAGAACUUGUGUUGUCCCUAGCAACCAUGUAAUUUUGUUGAAAAAGGUUUCCAAGCUUGUAUCUUAACAGGAAUGAUUCAAGAACUUGUGUUGUCCCUAGCAACCAUGUAAUUUUGUUGAAAAAGGUUUCCAAGCUUGUAUCUCAACAGGAAUGAUUCAAGUCCAAAUUUAAACUUAAACUCUGAUUAAUUUUGAAAGCUUGGAAAGGUACCCCUCUGGUUAUAGUUUCCUUAGAGAAAAGUCUUGGAGAAAAGUCUUUCGGUAAAGGAAUAUGUUUGAAAGAAUGAUUAGUUUUAUCACUUCUACAGCUGAUAGGUCACAAUUGCAUCAAAAACAGUCGCAAUAUUUUAUCAACUGCCUCCAUUACCUGAAGUGUUUGGGGGCGCAACUUAAGACUGGGUAAUGUUCGCGAAGCCAAAAGUUCCCAACAGUGAUUCCGGUCCCAAAUGGUUGGUUUCUAUGCAAUGUGACAUCUGUAAUCAGGACACCUCUCGAAUGGGGACAACAUUGUCCGUCCCAGGAAGUUCCAAAAAAGAGUGGUUUCGCUCCAUAUGGGACACCAUCAUCCUUAGGUCCUGUCACCACGAACUUGUCCUUAUCACCUGAAAAAUUCUGAAAUUAACUCUGAAAUUCUUGCGACGUGAACUCGCAGGCACGAGAAAAUAUGAGCUAUGUAGCCCCCCCCCUCCCCCUUUAAUUGACAAAAGACCACCUUUCCAACAACACUCAUGAAAUGAUAGUACAAAGUAGUCUGUGUGUGUUGUCAGUAAGGGUGUGUUUGUCCGUUGAUUUGGGGGGGGGCUGUUGAGAUCUUAUCAUCACAUGCCUGGGCUUUCAUUGUAGAAUCUGGAAAAUCUGCCACAUGGUGCCAUACAAAAGUAAUUAGCAGACUAGAAAAGUGUAAUUCUAAUUUUGGAAAUGCAUUUUACAAUCAAGUCACACAUUUGGCCUCAAUAGAACUUAAGACAUUCUCCAAUUUAAAGUGAUACUAUGAUGUGAUUUACAACUUUGCGGAAAUACGUCCGUUUUUAAUUGUUGAUCACAAAUGUUAAGCUCAAAUUUUCCAUUUUUGAUUAGAUUUAUUAUAAAAUCGCUGAAUGUAAACCACCGCGACCGCGAAAAUGUUCAUAUUGUGACGUCAUCAACGAAAACGGCAUCGAAGCGAGCCAUCCGGGCGGGAUUAAACCAUCAAUUUCUAGAAAAUGUGCAUUUCGAUUCGAAAACCUUACCAAUUUAUGAGAAAGUGACGUAGUCAUUUGUCAAAAACAGCUAAAACAAUAUGUGGUGAAAUUUGACACGAGUUACCCUUUAAAAUGUAAUUCUCACAAUCAAUUUUUUUAUGGUUCUUCCUUCCUUGUGAUAUUUUUUUAUGUUGUGAUCAGAGCUGUACAAAUUUAAUGCAUAUUUAUGUUAAAUAUCAAUCUAUUUCUUGUCCAUGUUUUGCCGGGCAUUUUGCCUGGGUGACAUUGUCUGUAUGUUUGUGUAUUAAGGGGUGGGAGUAUGAGCCUAUGUUUCUUAUAGGCCACAGUAGAGUUGCCAGAACCACUCUCAUACCUGAAUACCUUCUCUAAAGAAUUGUGCUGAUUCUUCCUUUUUCUUCUCCUCAUUCUCAAACUUAUUCGGACAGUCCUGUUCUGGUGAAGAAUGCUGUCAUCUGUCUCAGUUACAGGCCAGUUCUGGUGAAGAAUGCUGUCAUCUGUCUCAGUUACAGGCCAGUUCUGAUGAAGAAUGCUGUCAUCUGUCUCAGUUACAGGCCAGUUCUGGUAAAGAAUGCUGUCAUCUGUCUCAGUUACAGGCCAGUUCUGGUGACAAAUGCUGUCAUCUGUCUCAGUUACAGGCCAGUUCUGGUGAUGAAUGCUGUCAUCUGUCUCAGUUACAGUUCUGGUAAAGAAUGCUGUCAUCUGUCUCAGUUACAGGCCAGUUCUGGUGAUGAAUGCUGUCAUCUGUCUCAGUUACAGGCCAGUUCUGGUGAUGAAUGAUGUCAUCUGUCUCAGUUACAGGCCAGUUCUGGUGAUGAAUGCUGUCAUCUGUCUCAGUUACAGGUCAGUUCUGGUAAAGAAUGCUGUCAUCUGUCUCAGUUACAGGCCAGUUCUGGUGAUGAAUGCUGUCAUCUGUCUCAGUUACAGGCCAGUUCUGGUGAUGAAUGAUGUCAUCUGUCUCAGUUACAGGCCAGUUCUGGUGAAGAAUGCUGUCAUCUGUCUCAGUUACAGGCCAGUUCUGAUGAAGAAUGCUGUCAUCUGUCUCAGUUACAGGUCAGUUCUGGUGACGAAUGCUGUCAUCUGUCUCAGUUCCUCCUGGUCACUGUAACUGGGCCUUGAUGCAGGUUCAGGAUGGCCAGAACUUGUCCUUAGAUAAGGUAGGUUCUGAGAAUUUUGUCAGGAUAUGGUCAACAGUCAAUUUGGUGUUACUAUCGUUGCCCAAACCCUCACAUUAAACUGCUGUGCAGUGCGAGGGGUCUGGCCAUGGUCAAAUAUAUUUUGGUUGACCAUUCAAACUACAGAUGGCAGCACUGUGCCUAUGCAUUUCCUUCUGAAGCAGGGUUUUGAAGCCCUUGCCUGCCUGGCCCUUUUAAAUUUUAACAAACACUUUACUAGAUGACUUAGCGGCACUGGGGAUAGGUCAAACUAACAUACUAAAAGCAAUAUUAGAUUCAUAAUAUUUAUAAUAUAAAAUUGAUUUAACUCAACAUAUCACAAUUACUUAUUGCAUUGGUUGUGAAAUGGAGAAUCGUUAGGAUUCAUAUUUCUGUGAGAAAACGGCAUAGGAUUUGAAAAUAUUGACUCUUCUGUAAAACAGUGCCCAAGCGAUUGACCGUACUGUAAAGGGAAAUGGAUUUCCGGUAUCAAAAGGUUGGCCCAGUAUUUUAUGACUGGUGAAAUUUAGUGGCAAAAGGAGUGCAUCACGCCCUUCUGAAAUAUUUAUUUGAGGAAAGAAUUUUGCCAUAUCUGUUAAUUAUUCGAGCGGGAACCGUCCGUGUAGGACCUGAAUCAGUAUAUUCAGAGAACGGGUGAAAAAUUUAGAACAUGAAAGGCAGGCUUUAUUUUAUUUUAUUAGUUGCACUCGCUUGUCAAAUAUUUCUUGGGACACCUUGUCGUGAUCAUAAUUUUUUUUUCGUGAGGUUGUAAAUUCUCUACAGGCCAUCUCGUGCACACUGUUCAAACUUGUACAUAGUCUCUCUCAUCUGUAUAUAUAUGCAUAUUCAAGGUAAUAAGUCACAUAAAAUGAAUUUUAUUCGUUUUCUUCCUGUAUUCUUACCCAAGAAAUGAUGGCAUUGAACCACCCAGCCUGCCACUGAAACAGAAUAUCUCUCACAAAAAAUUAAACGAAGACCUUCUUAUACAAAAUGCCGAAUUUAUUUUAAACAAAAACAAUAAUUUAUACCUGCGUGUGAUAACACCAGAAGGUGAACGCAUGGAAUAUCUGGAGAGGAAAAUAUUCAAAUUUCCAGCAGCCGCAAAAUGUUGUGCUAUGGACGAUUACUAAACUAACAUUUAACAAAAUCACAUCAUUGAUGAGAAGAUUUUUUACGAAGUAUUGGUUUGCUUUCAAAAGUAGUUGUAUUUGGCAAUGGUUUAUGCGAAAUACUUCAACUAAGAUAGGUACGGUUGCAGAAAAUUCAAAUACCAGAGACCCUUUGAGGGACUUAACAAGAAAACUUAAUAAAUCGUCAAAAAUUACAAAAGCUAUAUGGCACUGAUUGAGAAGGAAUAUACAUGUUGAUUUUUUUAGAGUACAUGUGCCACUCUUUUUUCAAUUUUGUUCCGUUUUGAAUAAUACAGAUUUUUUUGA